AUGAAAACGAUUCGACGACGACGGAUAUCCGGCAAUAAUAGCGAUACUGGCUGGUUGAUUGCUUCUGCGCACCCACGAGCAAAUAGAAGGCAACAUAUCGCAGAUUCAAGCGACCUUUCGGUCAUUUCGUUUCGUGCACAUUCGCAGUUGGGGGCAGAGUUUGGGGAACGACCGGAACUGGUUCAGGUACAGCAAAAACCGGUUAAGGCACGACAGGUGGGCAUACACACUGGGAUGCAGAUUCUCGGUCGUGAUACGGCAGGACUUGGAGUAACUGGGACUGGCAUAGGUUGGGGAAUGACUGGAACUGGUUCAGAUGGGUUGGCGAUGCAUUGUGAUUUACAAGAUGGCAUGCAAACUUCAACACAAAUUGCAUUUCCGGAAAUGUCGCCCGUUACUCUAUUAUUCUACCCAAUUAUCUGA